AUGAGGAUUCCUUCUCGAGACUGGUUUCUGUUGAUAUUCUCUGGCUUUUUGGGAAUGACAAUGGGUGCUUUCCCGAGCAGCGUUCAGAUCGGCGGGCUCUUCAUCAGAAACACUGAUCAGGAGUACACCGCCUUUCGUUUGGCAAUCUUCCUGCACAACACCAGCCCGAACGCCUCGGAAGCCCCGUUCAACCUGGUGCCUCAUGUGGACAACAUCGAGACGGCCAACAGCUUUGCUGUCACCAACGCCUUUUGCUCCCAGUACUCCCGUGGUGUCUUCGCCAUCUUCGGCCUGUACGACAAGCGCUCGGUCCACACGUUGACGUCCUUCUGCAGCGCCCUGCACAUCUCCCUCAUCACUCCCAGCUUCCCCACCGAAGGCGAGAGCCAGUUCACCCUGCAGCUCCGGCCAUCCAUCCGGGGGGCGCUCCUGUCCCUCCUCGACCACUACGACUGGAACAAGUUUGUCUUCCUGUACGACACCGACCGAGGAUACGCCAUCCUGCAGGCCAUCAUGGAGAAGGCUGGACAGAACAACUGGCAGGUCAGCGCCAUCUGUGUGGAGAACUUCAACGAUGCCAGCUACCGGCGACUGCUGGAAGACCUGGACCGACGACAGGAGAAGAAGUUUGUGAUCGACCUCGAGGCUGAGAGACUGCAGAACAUGCUGGAACAGAUCGUCAGCGUCGGGAAACACGUCAAAGGCUACCAUUACAUCAUGGCCAACCUGGGUUUCAAGGAUAUCAACCUCGAGCGCUUCAUGCACGGCGGUGCCAACGUGACAGGCUUCCAGCUCGUCGACUUCAGCAACCCCAUGGUCAUCAAACUGAUGCAGCGCUGGAACAAGCUGGAUCAAAGGGAGUACCCAGGCUCGGACGCCCCGCCAAAGUACACCUCAGCGUUGACGUAUGAUGGGGUGAUGGUGAUGGCCGAGGCCUUCAGGAACCUGCGCAGACAAAAAGUGGACAUUUCCAGAAGGGGGAACGCUGGGGAUUGUCUCGCCAACCCCGCCGCCCCGUGGAACCAGGGCAUUGACAUGGAGCGUACUCUUAAACAGGUCCGGCUGCAGGGAUUAACAGGUAAUGUCCAGUUUGACCACUAUGGCCGCAGGGUCAACUACACUAUGGACGUGUUUGAACUGAAGAAUAAUGGACCCAGACGGAUUGGCUACUGGAACGAUGCGGACAAACUGGUGCUGAUCCAGGACUCUCCGCUGCUACCUAAUGACACUUCUGGCAUUGAAAACCGCACUGUUGUAGUUACCACCAUCAUGGAGGGUCCCUAUGUGAUGCUUAAGAAGAACUGGGAGAUGUACGAAGACAACGACCAGUACGAAGGCUACUGUGUGGACCUGGCAUCUGAGAUCGCCAAACACAUCGGCAUCAAGUACAAGAUCUCCAUCGUACCCGAUGGGAAGUACGGCGCCAGGGACCCAGAGACGAAGAUCUGGAACGGCAUGGUCGGGGAGCUGGUGUACGGGAAAGCGGAAAUCGCUGUGGCCCCUUUGACUAUCACGUUGGUCCGGGAGGAGGUGAUUGACUUCUCUAAGCCCUUCAUGUCGUUGGGCAUUUCCAUCAUGAUCAAGAAACCCCAAAAGUCCAAACCUGGGGUGUUCUCCUUCCUGGACCCGCUGGCCUACGAGAUCUGGAUGUGCAUCGUGUUUGCGUAUAUCGGCGUGAGCGUGGUGCUCUUCCUGGUCAGCCGCUUCAGCCCGUAUGAAUGGCACACCGAGGAGCCCGAAGAGGGCACCGACGGUCCGCCAAGCGACCAGCCCCCCAAUGAAUUUGGUAUCUUCAACUCUCUCUGGUUCUCCCUGGGCGCCUUCAUGCAACAAGGCUGCGACAUCUCCCCCAGAUCACUAUCGGGACGGAUCGUAGGGGGAGUGUGGUGGUUCUUCACUCUCAUCAUCAUCUCGUCCUACACGGCUAACCUGGCUGCCUUCCUCACUGUGGAGAGGAUGGUUUCGCCCAUUGAGAGCGCCGAGGAUCUGGCCAAGCAGACAGACAUUGCUUACGGCACUUUGGACUCUGGCUCGACCAAAGAGUUCUUCAGGCGGUCAAAGAUCGCAGUCUACGAGAAGAUGUGGGGAUACAUGAAGUCGGCCGAGCCCACAGUCUUCACCAAGACCACGGGCGAGGGCGUGGCGCGGGUCCGCAAGUCCAAAGGGAAAUACGCCUUCCUCCUGGAGUCCACUAUGAAUGAGUACACAGAGCAGCGCAAGCCAUGCGACACAAUGAAAGUGGGAGGCAACUUGGACUCCAAAGGCUAUGGAGUAGCCACACCCAAGGGUUCACAGUUAAGAACGCCCGUAAACCUUGCCGUAUUGACACUGAGUGAAGCAGGAGUCUUAGACAAACUGAAAAACAAAUGGUGGUACGAUAAAGGGGAGUGUGGACCCAAGGACUCGGGAAGUAAGGACAAGUCGUCCCAGGCCCUCAGCCUGAGCAACGUGGCGGGGGUCUUCUACAUCCUCGUCGGGGGCCUGGGCCUGGCCAUGCUGGUGGCCCUCAUCGAAUUCUGCUACAAGUCGCGCAAUGAGGCCAAGAGAAUGAAGCUAACAUUUACAGAAGCCAUGAGGAACAAGGCCCGUCUGUCCAUCACAGGCAGCGUUGGGGAAAACGGACGGGUGCUGACGCCCGACUGUCCCAAGGCCGUCCACACCGGGCCUCCCCUCCGCCAGAGCUCCGGCCUCGCCUUGGUCUCCUCUGAGCUCCCGUGA